AUGGAGGGGAGGUUAUUAACGGUGUUGGUCUGCCUCGUCUCUACGGUGGCUAUAGUGAACGCUGGCGAUCCUUACUUCUUCUAUACAUGGAACGUGACUUACGGAACAGCCUCACCUCUCGGUGUUCCUCAAAAGGUGAUCCUCAUUAACGGUCAUCGUCUCCUUAUUCCUGUUCCUUACGCUGACCCUGAGGAUGAUUACACUGUUCUUAUCGGUGACUGGUACACAAGUGGCCACACCGCUCUCAAGAACUUCCUUGACAGUGGACGCACCCUUGGAUUGCCUAAUGGUGUUUUGAUCAAUGGAAAGUCCGGAAUAGUUGAUGGUAAGAACUUGCCUUUGUUCACGAUGAAGGCAGGAAAGACAUACAAGUACAGGCUAUGCAAUGUUGGAUUCAAGUCUACUAUUAACUUCAGGAUCCAGAACCACAAGAUGAAGCUUGUGGAGAUGGAAGGCUCUCAUGUUCUUCAGAACGAUUAUGACUCACUUGAUGUCCACGUUGGCCAGUGCUUUUCAGUUCUUGUGACUGCUAACCAGGAAGCUAAAGACUACUACAUGGUUGCAUCGACUAGGUUCCUUAAGAAGGAACUGAGCACCGUUGGGGUGAUCCGGUACGCAGGAAGUAACGUCCAGGCCUCAGCUGAGCUUCCCAAGGCUCCUGUUGGUUGGGCUUGGUCUUUGAACCAGUUCAGAUCUUUCAGGUGGAACCUCACCGCUAGUGCUGCAAGGCCUAACCCACAGGGAUCGUACCAUUAUGGAAAGAUUAACAUCACCCGUAGCAUCAAGCUUGUCACCUCUAAGAGCAUGGUUAACGGUAAAGUCCGGUUUGGCUUCAACGGUGUAUCACACGUUGACACCGAGACACCUUUAAAGUUAGCUGAGUAUUUCCAGAUGUCAGAGAAGGUGUUCAAGUACAACGUCAUCAAGGACGAGCCAGCAGCCAAAAUCACUGCAUUGACCGUGGAGCCUAAUGUUCUAAACAUCACUUUCCGUACCUUUGUAGAGAUCAUUUUCGAGAACCAUGAGAAGAGCAUGCAAUCAUUCCAUUUGGAUGGUUACUCCUUCUUCGCAGUCGCUUCUGAGCCAGGGAGGUGGACACCUGAAAAGAGAAACAACUACAACUUGCUGGACGCAGUUAGCAGACACACGGUGCAAGUUUACCCCAAGUCCUGGUCAGCUAUCCUAUUGACAUUCGACAAUGCGGGUAUGUGGAACAUCAGGUCUGAGAACUGGGAGAGGAGAUACCUUGGGGAGCAGUUGUAUGUUAGCGUUCUAUCACCAGAGAAAUCACUAAGGGACGAGUACAACAUCCCCCUCAACACUAACCUCUGUGGCAUCGUCAAGGGCUUGCCGUUGCCUGCAAGCUACACCUAA